AUGACAGAUACCUUCUCUCUAGCCGCAACGACGCAUUCCACAGCAAACCCUCUUUCGGUCACCGUUCACCCGCUCCCCUCUCCUCUACCAAAUGGUAAUGUCGCCCAGUCUGUCCAGGAAGAUGACGACGAGCCCUAUACCAUCAAGUGCAUCUGUGCCUUCGAGGAUGAUGAUGGCCACACCGUUUUCUGUGAACGUUGUGAAACUUGGCAACACAUCUUAUGCUACUACGGCGGUGAUGAAGUCCCCGAAGUUCACAACUGCACAGAUUGCGAACCAAGACCUCUCGAUUCAAAUCUCGCCACAGAAUUGCAGAAAAGGUGCCGAGAGGAACAGAGCGAUGGCGGUGACCGAAAGACCAAGAGAUCCGGCUCGAAAUCCCAAAGGAAGAAGACAAAGGACUCCCAUACGACCGGUGAUCAAACCAACGGCUGGUCUCACGAGAGAAGCGGCUCGAACUCGAGAGACAACAACCACCACCCUCCAAUAAAGAAAUCGAAGUCUAGCCAUCGCGCUUCAAACUCUAUAGGUUCUCUUACCGGUCUUCUUCCUUCACAAUCAGGUCCAGACAAUCGGAAGCGAGCGACAUCCGUGUCGGCUAUGAGCCCUACCAAAGCAUCCCUUAUACCCAGCAUUCCCCUCUACUCCCAGGAAUUCCUUCACCUUUACGAUAAUGACCAUGCGAAUGUGGAUAUUCCCAGCAAUCUGUUCGACAAUCUUAAACUUGCAACCGAUCUUUCGUCUUGGGUUCAGGAUCCCGUAAACCUUGCUCUCGUUGCAAACGGUCGCUCUUCAAAUGAUGUUUUUACUUACCUAGACCGUCCUCUUGACCCUGCUCAGUGGCCACUCCUCUCGAAACAAACCGUUACAGACACUACUGUGGAAUACAAUGGAAGGCACCCUACGUGGCAGUUUCUGACCGUGGAGAACGAUGUUCGCAAAGAUGAAAUAAUUGGCGAAGUCAAAGGGAAAGUAGGCCAUUUCCGCGAUUACUGCUUGGACCCCAACAGCCGCUGGCAAGAGCUGCGCCAUCCAGAACCUUUUGUGUUUUUCCAUCCUCAGCUCCCAAUAUAUAUCGACAGUCGUAAAGAGGGCUCUAUGCUGCGCUAUGUUCGACGAUCGUGUCGCCCAAACGUAACCAUGAAGACCGUCAUCACCAAUGACAUUGAAUAUCACUUCUGCCUCGUUGCCAGCCAGGAUAUUACGGCCAAAUCAGAGAUAACCAUGUGCUGGUAUCUAGACCCCCAGACUUUUCCUUCCAACGGGUUUGUGAAGCAGGAAGGGUCCAAUGAUGGCAUCUCUGACGCAGCCGCAAUCUCUAUAAGUAAUGUUUUGGCAAAUUUCGGAGGUUGUGCUUGCGAUUCCUCGAGUGCCUGUCACCUAGCAAAAAUUGAUUGUCGCCGGCCUCCAAAGCAUGCAGAACCCACCCAGAAACAGGUAAAUGGGAGGCGGAAAAAGAGCAAAGCGAAGAAUGCAAUCUCUCCUGUUAACACUGGCAUUGCAACUAACAGUCGAGCUGGAAGUGAAGCUGUGAAGGCUCAAGGCGGCGAGGAGGAUCGAGUUGAGAGCAGAUCAAGGUCCACUUCAAAUCAUCCACGAAGUCCUGAUCUGACCCCCAUAUCGCACAGUCCUACAGACCCAUUGGCUUUGAUACCUGGUGAGCUUUCUGCGCGGGAGAAACGCAAAAUUGCGGCGGCAGAAAAGAAAUUCGAGCAACUUGAGCAUGACCAGCAACACCCCCCAAAGAAGAAGAAGAGAACCAGUGGUGCCUCUGCCCAGGUUACUAAAACUGGUGCGGCCACCUCUCACACUCAACCGAAAACUUCACGCUUAGACCCUACAAACGCCCAUCGAUCGUCUAGUUCUCCUAGAAAACGAUCACCCACGUCCGUUACCUCAGGGCGUGGUUCGCAAUCAUCUCAAAAGAAAAAUUCAAGAUCAAGCACCCCAAACGUCACAUCCCCUCUUCGUCCCAUAUAUGUUGAUUCGGAAAUGCAGACGGAACCAGACGAGAGUGACCCGUACUUUGUGCCUCCCAAACCCACUCGACGGCCGUCCUUUGUUCCUUUGACAACCCGGCUUCUCAAACGAUGCCAUCAGGACCGAUUGAAGCUUCAGGAAAUGAAUAAUCGUAUUAAUCAGUCUCCAGGACAAAUUCGUACUUUUCCUCUGAUACCAAGUUUCAACCAUGGUAUUAGCUCCGCUCAUCACCAUAAAGAUGAUGUCGAUAUGAAGGACACCGACGCCGACAUAACAAUGACUCCGCCCAAGAAUCCGCAUACUAGCACGAUCCCGGCAUCGCCAGGUGCCAGCGCGUUGUCCCUAUCUAUAUCAACUCAAGCUGCCCCCGCACCCCUUCAUUCCUUACCAUCAACCGUUGCCCACAGCUUCCGCAUGCCACGUAAACCACCUGAUAGACCGUAUUCAGACCUUUGUAUUCAACCACCCACAUCUCAAUUGGCCAGUCCUGCUGCACCGUCCGCCAAUACACCAAUUUCAACAACACCAGUUUCAACAAGUUCCAUAGCCCAAGCUCCGUUUAACAUCAAACCCACUACUUUGCAGCCAGCAACUCAGAGCCCUGGUUCCAGCACUACCGCGCCCAGUCCUGUAAAAAAGAAACUAAGCUUAGGUGACUACAUGAGCCGACGGGGUACAUUGGCGACGCCUACUACUGACAAACCCCAACCUCCUCUCUUUCCGAGUUCGAGUACGCAACAGCCUCAGCUAAACCAAAUACAGCCACAGGCCGAGCCCAGAAGCCCUAAUACAAAUGAAACGCACUCUGCGGAUGCAAUGAAGCAUGAUAUCUCUACUGGCACUAGUGCUAGAGCUGUCACCACUGAUGCUGUGAUGCAAUAUGGUCCUAUUCUUGAAUCCCCAUCCGGGGAGGUACAUGGUGGCAGUGGUGGUAAUGGCACGGGCGAUGAUCCGUCAAAAGAUCCGAGGUUGCAACCGCGAUAA